GGUACAUGCGCAGCAGAUAAGUGACGUAAACCGGCUUAACAAAGUACAGGCAAUCUGGGUUACCAGGUUUACCGUAAAUUAAAUUUGGAACUAUUGUGGAAUUCUAGUAUUGCUCAAUACCUUUGCGUUAUUUCAAUUUUCCAAUCAAUAAUGGAAUCUGCAAACAGAGUAACAAGUUCAACUGAAACUGUCGGAGAGGCAGUCAUUAUUUCAAAUGAAUUUUCUGAAAAUAUGAGAUGUCAUCGCAGAAGAGCAAUGGUCGAAAAGGAGAACUUGAUGAAGGUCACAAACAGAUUGCAGUUUGAACGUCUUAACGAAUCAAGACUUAACGGGGACAUCUCCUUGCCAUUAUGGGACCAUAAUACUGUUGCCAAUCCGACAAAAUGCGAUGCUCAAGAGCCGCAAUGCAUCAAAUGUUUAAUACAAUACAAAGCAAAGAAAAGAACAAAAUAUUUCUUGUUCGCGAUAUGUUCACAUGGACUUACAAAGGACGGAGAUCUCUGUAUUGCAUUGGCCGAUGAAUCCCCUCAACCAUCAAGUGCGCAGGGACCAAGAAAAGCAACAGAUUGUGAGAAAUUCAUCAAGCUUGGCGACAUUUUAAGAUUUCUUAAAGACUGUGAAAAGUUGAAAACAAAAAUAGUUAUUCUGAUUAUUGAGACGUGCAGGAUGAUAGGAUCUAUUGCAGAAUGUGAAGAUCCUGGAGUGAGCAUGGAAGUCGCCGAAGACCUGCCUGUCAAUAUGGAAACAGCGUCUAAUUCGACGGCUCAACAGGUCGACCAUCGACACCGUCUUGUUGGGCAAGAGACAGACAUGAAUGUGGUAACAGUGAUGCCUGACGAACAAUCGGAUACAUGCGCAGUUUCGUUAGCAAUUCCUACAAACUACAUAGUUGUGUUUGGUACAACAUUAGAUAGGCCCUCGUACAGUGAUCCCGUCACUGGAUCUUGGUUGGAAGACGCUCUCUCCGAGGAAAUAGAAAAAUACACAACAGCCAAGUGUGAGAAUUUAAACUUCUUGCAGUUCCUUACAAAGGUCGCCUUCAACGUGGCUAAACGCGAGGUACAAUUAGUAAGAACAGUAACGUCCCCAACCGCUACUCACACAUCAGAUGCCGGAAUGACAGAUAAAGAACGUACACUAAAAGAGCAAGGUUGUAAUGUCGUUGUAGAUCAUUCCGAUUCAGCCACAAUUAGCGGAUCAAAUGUCGUUCCAGACAAUUGUGGUAAACCAGGAUCGAAAUGUUCUAUCCAAAUUACCCAUCGCCUCACAGAACCAAUAACUUUUAAACUGAAAGAAAUUGAAGACGAAAUGGAAUGCACGUUAAUGUUAACAUUAAGUCCUUUAAACUACGAUUUACUUUUUGUUGGUAAAAUCAGAUCGUAUCCCUUUUUACAAAAAGACGAGAUGCAAGUGGUUCUCAUUUUUGUUAAAUCGCUUUUCUGGUGCAUCGUUUCACGUACGGCCAUUUUUUUAGCAGUUUGAUUUGAAUUGUGAUGCUAGGAGGUACUAUUUUAUUCACACCUUCAGUUAUUUAUAAGAUCGGUCAUUAAUUAUGUUUGGUCGCUCGUUAACACAUUUGUUAAAUCCCCAAUGAUGUUUUUCAUAUGCUGUUCCAAGGCGGUGACCGCGGUGUUACUCAUCGUUGAUUGUUAUUGGAAUUUGUUUUGUUAAAAUGCAUGGCGAUCCAUUAUUUGUCUGAAAUGUAUUGCCUUGUUGCGAUGAUAAAAAAUAAUAUAAUGCUAAUUCGAUUGAAGAUUUACUUGGCUUAUGUAUAAGUUGUUAUACAUGCAUCCUAUGUUGUGUAAAAACAAUCCAGUUUGAGUACGGUAUUGACGAAUUCCUUAUUAAACACACUUAAACUUUGUCAUAGCACGUGCACAAUACACAUUCAAAUCAAAACGAAUGAUAGCAAGCAAUUAUUCGUUGUUGUUUUUUCAUAUAAUACAUUUCACCCAUAAAAUAGAUUUGACUAAUUACAUGUUUUUCCAUAGACAUUUAUGCUUCUGUAAUGCAUUUGAUAAAUAACCUAAAGUCGUAUGUGUAUAUAAGGUUAAUCAAUUGCCUGUGAAGAUAUAUUGUUUUUACCAAACACAACACACAAUUUAUUCCCUGAGUUGUGAUUUAAAUUGUAGUAUUUUUCUCAUUUAAAUAGUGAUUUAGACAUGUGUCUUAUCAUAAAUAAAAAGCUAUCCAACUUUUGUAAUAUAAUAUUUAGUCUUGCAAGGUUAUUGUCAACCGUGUACGAGCUAUGCAAAACUCAAAUAUUGUGCAUACAUUGUUUUUUAUUUGUUUUUUUUUCUGUGAUAUAUAUGCACAUACAAUGUUUUGAGUAAGGCCAAAUCAUUCGCAGUCGAUUAUAUAGUUUUUUUCUAGUAUUUCCUAUUUCCGGUUAUGUUUUAACUUAUAUAGGUGUUAUGUCCACGCUUUGUUAAUUACAACACUGCAGUUACGCUAUUGCUUAUAUGAGCUUGUAUAUUGAUUAGUGAUUUAUAAACGUUUUGAGACCAUUUAUUUUAUCAGUAUGUCAUGUACGUUAAUGACAUUUGCCGACAAAUUUAUCAAUCUGUUCGUUUUUGUUGUUGUUCUUUUUUAUUCGUACUAACGUCGCCUUUUGAUUUUAAACUGCCAUUUUGAAAACAAAGGAUUACACUAUUGUUAAAACGUCGAGACAUCUCUUAAAUAACGCCUUAACAAUGUAAAUUAUAACCUUAAAGUUUAGGACAGCGACGAUUGGAUUAAAAUCGGACCCUUAGCUACGGUAAUGUUUAUGCUUUUUAAUACAAUGUUAAAUCUGUGAUAAUAUUAAUUUUACUUUGGCAUCUUAUGAGCUCACAUUUAACUCUUACAUUUACUCGUAAUACAACUGCAAGCUAAUUCACCCUUGCAGCAAAUACAAUCAGCUGUUAGCUUGCUUUUCACACAAUUAGAUAAAACAAAGGCAUAAGGAGAGUGGUUUAUAAUUCAAAUAUAAUACACAUCUUUUGUGUAUUAUACAUAAUACGAGUACUUUACAUAAAAACAAACUACGAAAUCUAGCAUUGUACACCCUGUAUUACCAUGUCUUCAUGAGAUGCGAGAAUAUAAGCUAGGUGCUGAAAGCUUGUUUUUGCAUUUAAGAUAUGCCAUCGUUCCUAAAAAAGAUGUUAUUUCUUUUGUUGUUGAGUAUCUUAGCUAUAUAACCACCAAAUUGCAAUACAAUUGAAUUAUUACGAUCUGUUAUUACUUUUUUAAUUUAAAAUGUAAAUUUCGAUAUUCUGCUGUCAUUUUUUUACACGUCUGUGAUUUGUGAUCAAUUCUGGACUCAAUUAUAGGUCAAGUCAAUCAUCAAACGUUCAAAACCUGUUGAGUUUAACGUUUCAAGGCGGUCACCUCAUUUUUAGUUGGUCGCUUAGCGACCAGAUAAUGUUGUUAUUCAAAAUUUCAAGUCGGUUCGGCUUUUCUACGGAGAGCCUUCUACCUGCCACAUCAGCGCGAGAAAGAGUUGUAUAAUUUAUGCAACAGGUUUGAGUUCUCCAACCAUAUUCAUUCACAAUUUGAAACAUUAUGUGAAUAUCGUGUUACAUGUAAUAGUUUCGAACGGAGCUUAUAUAGAAAAGAAUCAAUAAACAAUUAUUGUUUUAUACAUGUCGCGGAAGAGAUUGUUUAUG